AUCAUGGGCCUCUCGAAGAUCUUUCGGCGCGAUGACCCGGCGGAUGGCUAUGUCCGAACGGCGGAUGAGCGGGCUCUUGUCCGACGUCUGGACACGUUCCUGCUUACCUUUGGGUGCCUUUCACAAGUGAUCAAAUAUCUUGACCAGCAGAACAUCAAUAAUGCAUAUGUCUCUGGCAUGAAGGAGGACUUGAACCUCAAGGGAAAUGAAUUGAAUUUAUUUACGACGUACUUCAAUGUCGCAUAUUGUAUUAUGCUUAUCCCCUCCCAAGUUAUCCUCACAUACAUCAGACCAAGCUAUUGGCUUCCUGGUCUGGAGAUUGUGUGGGGUGUAUUGACCGGUCUGAUUGCUAUGACCACGCACGCGAAACAAGUCUACGUCCUCCGCGUGUUUUUGGGACUCUGCGAAAGCAGCGCGUGGCCUGGAAUGAUGACCCUAUUGAUGUACUGGUAUACGCCAACAGAGCUUGCGAAGCGCAUGGGCUUUUACCAUUCCUGCCAGGCUGUGGGCCAGAUGAUGUCCGGAGCGCUACAGGCUGCAAUCUCCGACACGCUCAAUGGCCACGGCGGGCUUGCCGGAUGGCGAUGGCUGUUCGUCAUUAAUGCAAUUAUCACCGUGGUGUGGGGAUUUGCGGGAUUCUUCAUGAUCCCAGAUCUCCCCAACAACCCUAACCCUCGUGCAUUCUGGUUCCGCAAGGUCCAUGCCGAGCUGUCAAUGGAGAGACUUGCUCGUAAUGGCCGAGCCGAGCCGAAGAAAAUGACAUGGGCCGGUGUAAAGCGUACAUUCUCGGGCUGGGUGGUGUACUUCAUCGCGAUUCUCUAUAUUGCGACCGUAUUGGGCACAUACGGAUACGUCUAUUUCUCGCUCUUCCUCAAGUCUCUCAAGAGACCCGAUGGAACCCCACGAUGGACAGUAUCAGAAGUCAACGCGAUCCCGAUCGGCGGAUCAGCCAUCAACGUUGUCUUUGUGUGGAUCUGGGCAUUGUUGUCGGAUUUCCUGCAAACUCGAUGGACUCUCAUCGUGGUCCAGGGAAUUAUCGGUAUCAUUCCCUGCAUCGUCAUGAGUAUUUGGACUUCUCAUCCGGCCGCAGUUCCACUCUCCGGCGCUUACGCAUCAUACUUUAUAUCAUUCAUCUGUCUCGGUACAGCGCCGCUCAUCUUCGCUUGGCUUUCAGACCUCAUCCCCCAAGAUCCCGAGGCUCGCUCACUCGUUGUAGGUGUUUCCGUAGCUGGAUAUUACGCCAUCUCUGCUUGGUCGCAGGUGCUGGUAUGGCCUGCGUCGCAGGCACCAUUUUACAAGUAUGGCUGGCAAUCUGCAUUGGCCUUGUUGGUACUUGUGAUUAUCAUGACGUGCGCCCUUCGCUACAUUGAUGUGAGAUAUCUUCUACCAAAGCGUGAGGCGUUCCAGGAAACGUUGGAAGGGACAGUCGUUGGGAGAAAAGAUAGUGUAUCGGGUUUGACGGAGGGUAAUGUGGCUCAAGGACCUAGUUCGGACCCUGAUCGGAAAUCUGUGCACAAGGCUACUGUUGAUGAAGUCUGA